GUUAUUACUUAUCGCCGUCGUUCAUCUUAAAAACCCUAAAGUUUUCAACCUUUGCAAUCACAAAUCUUAUUAUGGCUACGUUCACCGGACCUUACGACACGGCUGCGACAGGAGUCUUCUGGGACAUGGACGAAUGCAGGAAGGAAUGUGAGAUCCCUGAGGAGCUCACUGCAGCUGACGUCGUACCGAGGAUUAGACAGAAACUGUUGGAUCUUGGUCUACGUGGUCCUGUUUCGAUCCGGAUUUACGGUGAUUUGACCGGUCUUGACUUUCAAUCCUCGGAGGAUGUUAAGCUCCAUCAUUUUCACGCAGGAGAGAAACGUGAGAAGAUGACGAAAAUAUUGGAGGACAUAGUUUCGUGGUCAGGUGAGAAUCCAGAACCAUCGGUGGGAAUACUAGUCUUGGGACACUUGGGAGCCUCAGAUGAUGCUGACAUCACCGAGGUUAUUGAACUUCUCAAGACUCAGAAAAACUAUCAGUUUAUGCUUGUGACUCCAGAAUCUCCACCUCCUCCAACGGUGGUGAGGUUUCUGAGGGCUAUUCCUCGUGGUGGACUCUAGUUAUUUUGGUUUAGUAAGUUUGAAUAACAUUUUCAAACAAAAAAGGACAAAAGUAAUUUGUAGUUUCUUAAUUUUGUUA